UCUCGAAACUCAAGGAUUUACUUUACUUUCUCGAGUUAUCCAAUUUGGAAGGCGACAGGCUCGCCUGAGCGAACUUAGUUAGGUGGAUUCUUCAAGAGUGAUCCACUUCUUAUUGUUGAGGCAUACCACCUUCCUGGUAUGCAAGACUGGCCGGUCGGGCAAGCUGCAUGUGGUCUCGGGUCAUCCUAAGUAUAUCCUGCGGGGCCACAUCAGCUUUUCUGCCAUCCAAAGGAUACCAUUGUUAUUUGUGCUUUUCCUCAAUCAAUCCCCACUCUUAAAAAAAGAAAAUAGUACUUUAAUCUUCGUGGAGCCUCCUCCAACGUUCAAAACUAAACUCCCAUAACUCAUGUGUGGCUCUCUUUUCUUAUCCCUUCCCCAACUCCACUCCAUAACUCACAAGACAAAUCCCAAACCAAAACAGAGCUCACUGAACACCCAGUCAUUAUCAUGUCAGAAGCAGAGCAUUCACACUAUGAAACACAAACAGAAUCACCUGAGCAGCAGCUGAGAUCCGACACUGUUAGAUCCCUCCAUGAAACAAUAGAUCGAGAAUGGAGCGCGCUUCAGCGCACGGCAUGCCAGACGGCGGCGGGGAGAGCUCUAUGGAGCCAUGUGGUGCAUGACCCGGUGGCCGGCGUACUCGCCGGCGACAGCUUCCUCAGAAGCCUGAGGGAGAAGAUGAGGAACGAUAAGCUUAACAAUGCGCGGGAAGUUUCGGGGGUGAUAUUGGCGAUCAGGACACUCUGGUUCGAUGCCAAGAUCGAAGCUGCAAUCAGAUCGUUUGGAGAAGGUGAAGCACAGGUUGUUCUGCUUGGCGCAGGUAUGGAUGCAAGAGCCUACAGGCUGAACUGCCUGAACGAAAGCCAUGUAUUCGAAUUAGACUUUGCUGAGCUACUGCAAGUAAAAGCAUCACUUUUAAAGGAAGCAAUGGGCUCUGCUGAGCAGCAGAAAAAGGCAAUGAAAGCCAAGUCUGUGAUAAGUGUGGCCUCAGAUAUAAGAGAUGGAAACUGGCUUGAAAAGUUGCAAGUUUGCGGCGGCUUCGCGCGGGACAAGAGUACGGUGUGGGUGCUUGAAGGCAUACUGUAUUACCUCCCUCACCUCAAUGCCAUGGAAGUGCUUCGUACCAUUGCAGCCAACAGUUUGCUCGGAAAGACUGUUCUUUUGGCUGACUUCAUGAAUGAAUCAUCAGCCUCACUCUCCAAUUCUACUUACCACUUUUAUAGUGAUUGGCCAGACCAGUUGCUGGAAGCUCUUGGGUUUCACAAUAUAAAUCUUUCGCAGAUCGGCGAUCCUGAUGCAAAUUUUGGCUUGCUUCAUGAUCCCCAGAAUUUGUUCAAUAAGCUCAGGAGCUUGCCGAGAUCGGUGAAGGUAAAUCCGGAGGAUGGGACUCCCUGUUGUCGGCUUUAUCUCGUGGAAGCUUCAGGGUUCCCUAAGGAAUGA